CUACCGGGCCGUGUGUGUGUGUGUGUGUGUGUGCGUGUGUCCUUCUUACAUUAUAGUUGAAAUCUGGUUUAAAGAAUGUCAUCUUUAAACCCAGACUUUUCAUGUUUUAUGUUGAAUUUGCACGCAUUCGUCAAGGUGUACAUGAUAGAACAACCUGGUAGAUAAUUACAAUGUUUAGCCAUCACUCGCUACUUCAAAGCUCGACAUAAUGUUAAUUAUGCCAUGCAUGUUUACUCAAAACUUAUUUACUUACACACAUAUUAGACCAUCUGCCACUUUAUUUGAGACAUAUGCCAUGCUGUUGUUGAUAAGGAAAUAUUCCUUUGCAGGCUAGAACUACCAACCAGUAAUUUCCGUCCUUGACUUUCUCUUUUCCUUUCCUCGAAGAUGGGGAAAGCCCAGCAGGAGCAUCUUUCAUACAGGUCACCUUGUACUGGCUGUUGUUACUGAUUAGUCCUAAUUUCGUAAGGUGUUUUGAUCGAUCUUUUAGCGAUUAAUUUAUAUUUAAAACUUUCUUGGCUAUGUCCAUCCUUUCUACGACUUCACAAUAUUUCCCUACUUAUACUUUUAGGUAGUUCAACAUGAAAAGAAAAGUCUCAGCAGGUAUUCUUUAGGUCAAGGGGACGAUAGUUAAAAUUACUUUAUAUAGUUGUGCUGCUUUUGCAUUCAUUUGUAGCAUGUUAAUUACAUAGCGUCACAUAAUUGCUGGCAACAAGAGUGGCGAGUAUGGGCUCCAGCCGGAAUGCCGGAUGCCGUGGCUUGAGGUGCACCACGCUCCUUUGCCGUAUGUGUUGCAUAGGCAAUAAUUUCAAACAAUAAACAUCAAGUAAAUUCUGUGUAUUUAGCCGAGUGAAAAUAGUAUAGCUAAAAUUGCAAAUGUAUAUUUAAGGUAAAAUAUUAAUGUGGUGGCAACAUCUAGCAGCGGUCAGGUAACCACAGCGGCCGGCCAGCUGCUAGUGGAAUGGAUUAGUGUAGGUCGAGUCGGCACAAGUGGUGGGUGUGUCCAAGAUAGCUGACGAACAAUAAGAAAUGCGUGCUGGGUAGUAGUAAAUGUUAGGAUGACGUCUAGCGUGGUGCACAGCAGCAUGAAGAAGGUGGUACGGGUAGGGUGUGUGUUGCGGCGCUUGGUUUCAGGAGGCGCCGUGAGGGUGUGUGCUUCCUCUACCUCGCCUCUUACACCAGCGACAGGUGGCGGUGGUGACCCGUUAGGCUACGGGAACAUACCGCCAUACUCCAGGAUGAAGAGUAACUACAGCUCAGUUCCUCAGCAAAAGCCAGACUGGAACCGGGCUGUGAGUGAUGCCGAGAAAAUAGUGGGUUACCCAACAUCUUACCUCACCCUGCGCUCCCUCCUGUCUGAUGAAAUGUCAAAUAUUGCAGUACAUAUGAGGAAAUUGGUAGGAUCUUCACAUCCACUGCUGAAGACUGCUAAACGGCUGAUAUACAAUGGACGAAACAACAUGCAGACAAGAGGCCUCAUUGUGUUACUGAUUUCUAAGGCAGCAGGCCACCUCAACCCAGAAGAGCUAGAGCAAGAUCAGCCUGCAGGUGUCUCCCUCAGUCAACGAAGUUUGGCAGAGAUCACCGAGAUGAUUCACACAGCCCACUUAAUUCACAAAGGAGUGGUCAAUCUGUCCCCAACGGUGUUUGAUGGCACCACUCUGCAAGACAUGGAAUUUGGAAACAAGAUUGCUAUUUUGUCUGGAGAUUACCUUCUGGCUAAUGCUUGUACAGGUCUGGCCACUCUCAGGAACACCAAGGUUGUGGAGCUGAUCAGCACUGCCAUCAGCGACUUCAUGGAGGCAGAGUUUAUUGGAGACCGAGACAAUCAGGGAAACCCAAUUCCAAAUGAAACUAUAACCAUGCAAGAUUGGAAUGAAAAGAAUUUCCUAGCUGCUGGCAGUCUGAUGGCCAAGUCAUGCCAAGCCACUCUGCUGUUGGCAGGCCACAGUGAGGCAAUGCAAAAGAAGGGCUUUGAAUUUGGGAAGGAGAUUGCCCUUGCUUGGCAGGUCUACAGCGACCUCCAGCCCUUCACGGACUUAUACCGUCACCCUCCUGGGACUGCUAUUGACCUUACUUCGGCUCCUGUCAUUCUGCAUUUGCUGCAUGAUCAUUCCCUGCUGGACUAUGUAGCAGCUGCAGGGAACUCCAUGGAGAACUGCGACUUCAAGAAGAUCCACCAGGUCAUCAUGAGUGGGAAUGCAGUGGAGGAAGCCAAGCAGUUGUGUCAGUUCCAUGCCCAAGCUGCACUUAAUGUUGUGCAGGACACCUUUGAACCCUCAGAUGCCUGCACAGCCUUGGAGAACAUCAUAAAUGCUCUCAAGAUUUAUUAGCACACACACACACACACACACACACACACACACACACACACACACACACACACACACACACACACACACACACACACACACACACACACACACAGCAUAGUGUAGUGAUUAGCACACUCGACUCAAUCAAGAGUCCUGGAAAGCAGCGAGGCAAAUGGACAAGCCUCUUAAUGUGUG